UAACCGAACAUUUUAUUUUUAUCUACUCUCCGCAGCGUUAUCUUAAUUUACCUACUAUUUAACGCGGUAUUGUAAAAUAUGCUUUGAAUAUUCCAUUCGUUCGUCGAAUUACUCGAGUGCGAGUUGUACUUAUUCGUGUCUGUGUAACGUGAUAUUUUUUUCAAAAUGAGUAGCGAUGCAGAAAAAAGGAAACAGAUCAGUGUUCGUGGUAUAGCUGAUGUUGAAAAUGUAUCCACUCUGAAGAAGUAUUUCAAUCGACAUUUGCAUUUUACUUUGGUAAAAGAUAGAAAUAUCGCUACACCUAGGGAUUAUUACUUCGCUUUGGCUUACGCUGUCAGGGAUAAUCUGGUGUCGAGAUGGAUUCGAACACAGCAAUAUUACUACGAAAAAGACCCAAAGAGAGUAUACUAUCUAUCAUUGGAAUACUACAUGGGCCGAACAUUACAAAACACCAUGAUCAAUUUGGGUAUCCAAAAUUCCUGCGACGAAGCCAUGUACCAGUUGGGUUUGGAUAUUGAAGAUUUACAAGAAAUCGAAGAAGAUGCCGGCCUAGGUAACGGUGGUUUGGGUAGAUUGGCUGCAUGCUUUUUAGAUUCUAUGGCUACGUUGGGUCUGGCUGCUUAUGGGUACGGUAUACGCUACGAAUAUGGCAUAUUCGCCCAAAAAAUACGAAAUGGAGAACAGACCGAAGAACCAGAUGAUUGGUUAAGGUUUGGUAAUCCUUGGGAGAAAGCUAGACCAGAGUAUAUGAUACCUGUACAUUUCUUUGGUCGUGUCGUUGAAAUCUCUAAAGGUCGUAAAUGGGUCGAUACUCAGGUCGUUUACGCUAUGCCUUACGAUAGUCCUAUUCCUGGAUAUGGUAACAAUGUAGUUAAUACAUUGAGAUUGUGGUCUGCGAAAUCACCUGUUGAAUUCAACUUGAAAUUUUUCAACGAUGGCGACUACAUUCAAGCUGUACUGGAUCGGAAUCUAGCUGAGAAUAUUUCUCGUGUAUUGUACCCGAAUGAUAACAAUUUCGGGGGCAAAGAACUCAGAUUGAAACAAGAAUACUUCAUGUGCUCGGCCACGUUACAAGAUAUUAUUCGUCGUUAUAAAGCAUCUGCUGCUCCUAAUGCUCCCGAACAAAGGAAAUCAUUGGAUAUGCUUCCGGAUAAAGUUUCUAUGCAGUUGAACGAUACUCAUCCUGCGUUAGCCAUACCUGAAUUAAUGAGGCUGUUGGUUGAUGAAGAAGGAUUAGAUUGGGAUAAGGCAUGGGACAUUACCACCAAAAUUUGUGCCUAUACCAAUCACACUGUUUUACCGGAGGCUUUGGAAAGAUGGCCAGUGUCGAUGUUCGAACAUAUUUUACCGAGACACUUGGAGAUUAUUUAUCAAAUUAAUCAUAAUCAUUUGCAAAAUGUAUUGAAGAAAUACCCCGAUGAUUUGGCUCGUAUGGGACGAAUGUCAUUGAUCGAAGAAGAUGGAGAGAAACGAAUAAACAUGGCUCAUCUAUCGAUUGUUGGUUCUCAUGCUGUUAACGGAGUCGCUUUCAUACACUCUGAGAUCAUCAAAAAUGAUAUAUUCAAAGAUUUCUACGAAAUGACACCGGAAAAAUUCCAAAACAAGACGAAUGGAAUCACCCCUAGAAGAUGGUUACUGUUGUGUAAUCCAGCUUUAUCCGAUGUUGUAGCUGAUAAAAUCGGCGAAGGCUGGAUCACUCAUUUAGACGAAUUGCAACAAUUGAAACCAUUCGCUAAAGAUCCGAUGUUCCAACGAGAAAUUCAGAAAGUUAAACAAGAAAAUAAAUACAAGCUUACUAAAUUAUUAGAAGAGGACUACGGUAUCAAAGUAAAUCCGACGUCUCUGUUUGAUAUCCAAGUAAAAAGAAUUCACGAAUAUAAACGUCAGUUGCUCAAUUGUUUACAUGUUAUAACUCUGUACAACAGAAUUAAAUCUAAUCCUAAAGGAAAGUUCGUUCCUAGAACAGUAUUAAUUGGAGGAAAGGCUGCACCAGGGUAUUACAUGGCUAAGAAGAUCAUAAAAUUGAUCAACUAUGUCGGCAACAUUGUCAACAACGAUCCCGAUGUUGGCGAUAAAUUGAAACUAAUAUUUUUGGAAAAUUAUCGCGUAACAUUGGCUGAAAAAAUAAUACCCGCAGCUGAUCUCAGCGAGCAAAUCUCUACUGCUGGUACCGAAGCUUCUGGUACUGGUAAUAUGAAGUUCAUGUUGAACGGUGCUUUAACUAUCGGUACAUUGGACGGUGCUAAUGUUGAAAUGGCCGAAGAAAUGGGUCGUGAGAAUAUCUUCAUUUUCGGUAUGACCGUCGACGAAGUCGAACAGCUCAAGAAAGACGGUUACGAUGCGAGAAAAUAUUACAAAGCCAAUCCCGAAUUGCAACUGUGUAUUGAUCAAAUUCAAAAUGGAUUUUUCAGCCGAGCUAAUCCUGAUGAAUUUAAAGACAUUGCCGAUGUAUUAAUGAAAUGGGAUAGGUUCUAUACCUUGGCUGAUUAUGACGAUUAUAUCAAAAAGCAAGAUGAAGUUAAUGCAACAUAUCUCAAUCAAGAAAAAUGGACCGAAAUGGCCAUCAUGAACAUCGCAUCGUCCGGUAAAUUCUCAUCAGAUCGUACUAUCGCCGAAUACGCUCGAGAAAUUUGGGGCGUUGAACCAACUUGGGAGAAAUUACCAGCUCCUCAUGAAACUUCUAAUAAAAAUUAACGUGUAUUUAAUUUGCUCAAAAUACUUUCAAAUUAUGCUUAGGCUUAACGUACUAACGUGCCAUAUUUUUAUAAUUUAUAUAAUGUCGUUUUAACAUUUUCGAAUAAUUUCGCGUCGAUUUUAUCAACACUAUACAUUUUAUGCAUCACACGUCUUUUGUAUCAAUUCUUCACUCAUCGUUAUAUUAAUCGAUCGAUAUUGAUUUUAGUGUAAUUUAUUCCAUUUUGUAUCUUGUAAUGUUAAAAUGUAAGCACUAAUUUUUAUUAUCGAAAAUAUUCGCCAUUAUUCUGCCACAAACAGUUACCAGAUUUGUUUACAAUUUUAAUAAAAAUAAUUUGUACUGAAUGUAGAAUUUUAAUUUAUAGAAAAAUCAGUGUUGUUAAACGUAAUAAAUUCAUCGCUGUAUGGUUUUGAA